UCCUUCACCUUCCAAGAGAAUAAUACAUUGGGUUUGGGCGUUCGCAUCGGAUGCUGUGAAGUCCAAGAGGUCAAGCCAUUCUUUGAUCGGCGAUCGGCGGAAACGAACUGAUCUCCGGCCUCAAAUUCAAUCGGUGCUCCGAGACCCAGCGAUUGAAAUCCCUAACGCAUCGUGUCAAAUUCCCAAUUCUCGCUUUAUUUCCUGAAUUGCCUGUCUGUUAGGGGCUUCGUAUUGUUCCCAUUGGCAAGGGUGUUUGAAGCUUUGAACUAGAGAUGAGUGAGGUCUUCGAAGGGUACGAGCGUCAGUACUGUGAGCUCUCUGCAAGUUUGUCCAGAAAAUGUAACUCGGCUGGGCUUCUUCCCGAUGGAGAGGAAAAAAAACAAAAAAUUUCUGAAGUUCAAACUGGGCUGGAUGAUGCUGAUGUUUUGAUACGUAAAAUGGAUCUUGAGGCAAGAAGUCUGCAGCCCAGUUUGAAGGCUGUCCUACUUGCUAAGCUAAGGGAAUACAAAGCUGAUCUAAGCAAGUUAAAAAGGGAAGCUAAAAAAAUCUCAUCAGCUAAAACUGGCCAGGUUUCCCGCGAAGAGUUGUUAGAAUCUGGAAUGGCAGAUGCUGAGUCGGUCUCUAUGGGUCAGCGAGAAAGAUUGGCUAUGUCAACUGAGAAGGUAAAUCAGUCGGGUGAAAGGAUCAGGGAGAGUAGAAGAACUAUGCUGGAGACUGAAGAGCUUGGUGGCUCCAUCCUUCAAGAUUUGCAUCAGCAACGAGAAACUCUUUUGCAUUCCCAUCACAAGCUUCAUGGAGUAGAUGAGGCCAUUGACAAAAGUAAAAAAGUCUUAACCUCCAUGUCUAGAAGGAUGAGCAGGAACAAAUGGAUUGUUGGUUCGGUAAUCGUUGCCCUUGUUCUUGCCAUUAUCUUUAUCAUAAUUUACAAGGUUUCUCACCAUUAAGUCGACAUGAAAUAAUCAGAAUAUCUAUCCUUUUCUUGCUUCUUCGAUGUAGAUGUUGUACUCUCUGUGCUAUUUGUAUAUGUCAAUCUUUACUCAAAGGAUCUGGUACGUUUGCGGUCCCCAAACACUAUAUCAACUGUAUUGUUGACUUUUUUAACAGUUUAUACUUUGUCAAGUCUGAAGUAUACUCUUCAAUGGAGAUAGAUGAAUGCUUGAACAGUUAUUUUAACGAA